AUGAAUAAAUAAAUAAAGUUUAUUAUUUGUGUCAUAAAUAUGAGUGAAACGAGUGCUGAAUAUGCAGUUGUGGUGCAAAAUGUUUGCUUCAGUUAUGGGUCAACACAUCCGGUGUUAACACAACUCACGACUCGAAUACCAAAAGGACAAAUCUAUGCGUUGUUGGGCUCUAACGGCUCGGGAAAGACUACUCUAUUGAAGAUAAUAUGCGGUCGACUCACACCCCGAUCCGGUCGGGUAGAGGUGUUUGGAUGUAAACCGGGACCCAAUCACCCGGACAUUCCCGGACCGGGAGUGUUUGGAUGUAAACCGGGACCCAAUCACCCGGACAUUCCCGGACCGGGAGUCGGAUAUAUGCCUCAAGAGAUGGCUCUCUUUGAAAACUUUUCAAUCAAACAAAUCCUCACAUAUUAUGCAAUGAUUUACGGCAUGAGUGGCGACGCGAUGGACAGUCGUAUAAAAGAGUUAUCCGUUUUAUUACGAUUACCACAAAUGGAUAGACGGGUCGACCGUCUAAGUGGUGGCGAACGACGUCUGGUCUCUCUGUCCGCAGCACUCAUUCACUCACCGAAGCUCUUAAUACUGGAUGAGCCGACUGUAGGGGUCGACCCCCUUAUAAGGCACCAGAUAUGGGGCUAUUUGGAGGACCAAUGCCUCAAAAAUGACACAACAGUCAUAAUAAGCACUCAUUAUAUGUCUGAAGCGAUAAACGCCGGAACCGUAUGUUUCAUAUCCAACGGCCAAUCUGUAGCCUACGGAUUACCACAAGAGCUACUUUUAGACUACCGGUGCCACACAUUAGACGAAGUCUACUACAAAUCACACCAAGAAAUACAAAUAAAAAAUUCAAAUGAUAAAGUAGCAAGUGAAAUUUGCAAUGAAAUACUCUAUAACAGCAACAAAUCGGAUACAUAUCGGAAAUCAUUUGAUGGGAACCUGCUAAUAGUUUACGGAGAAAUAGAUAACAUCCCCAUAGCUAUCGUGCACCGGGAGUCCAAUGGGACGGCAAUCCUGUUCCACCAAUUCGUAGACCUAUUGGACAGUCGGUUGUUCGCCAAACGCCUGUACGACACAAACUCAACGGCAUACGAGUCGGUAGUGUUGGGCCAAAACAUACUGUCCAUUGUAUUGGACGAAGAAGAUUACUGGAUUAGAGCACUGGUAGUUUGGGACAGGUAG